AGCCUUCCUUUCUCAUUCUUAUAUUUCACUUUUUGGAUGGAUAGCUAUCGCUCAGUUAAGACCAGAAUGUUGCUUUUAGGAGAUGUUUGUGGAGUGAUGGAUAAUAGUAGUAACAACCACCACCAUCACCACAAUACUUACUGCAGCAGCAGCAGUAGCAACAAACGUGGACCUCAAAGACCGCUCAGUCUUAUCGUCCGUUUUGUAGCUCCGGAUGUCAGAGCAGAGCAGCACCAAAGAUGGGGAUGCAGACUCCCAGCAUGGCUUACAUAUGCUGGUUCUGCUGGUCCUGGUCUUCUUCGUCAUGGGUCUGGCGGGCUUUCUCAUUUGCCAUAUCCUAAAGAAAAAGGGAUACCGCUGUCGGACAUUCCGUGAUGAAUUUGACUCUGACAACAAGGAAUCACUGACCCAACUCCAAGAUGAUGAUGAUGAGGACCUGAAUGAGGACACUGUAGAAAAAAUAGUGAAAUGUAUCAUUCAAAAUGAAGCAAAUGUUGAAGUUCUAAAAGAAAUGCUGGGGGAAGGUGAUGCUGAUCUCCCACUGCCAGUGCCUGUGCCCAGUGCUCUGUGUCCACAUCGCAGCAGCCAAGAUGGUGGCAUUCCUCAUCACCAUACAGUGCACUUAGGCUCAACACAAACACCUUGCAUUCAUUGCAGCAAGAAAAAGAGACCUCCCAUACUUCGUCAGGGCCGAUCAAAAGAGAGUAAAACCAAGAUGCAUCCUGGGGAAACAACAGUCUUUUCAGUUGGCAGAUUUCGUGUCACCCAUAUUGAAAAAAAAUCUGCUUCCCAUGAAUCCCAGGAAGAGGCUUUUCCUGAGGACAAGCUGGACUUUGAUUUAGCUAAUACAGACCAGGAGAUCUACAGCAAUGAGAAACUGCAGUGGGCUGGAUCACAGAAUGGAAUCGUUCAUACAAAUGGAGUACAGCAAAGAAAAUUAGCUCAGGCAGAUUCUCAAAGACCGCCAAAGGAAACUACUGCAGAUGAGUUGACUCAGUCAGAGACUCAUUUAAAUGUAACAGCCAAUACAGAUAUAACCAUAAAUGAAACAGACGGAGGAUACCCUAAGGCAUGCUCUUCACAAGAAGCAGUAAACUCUGCCAUAAGUUAUGUAACUGAGACUAACUGCACUUCAGGACCCAAAGACCUUUCAUCAGAAGAGCUAGAGGAGAUGGAGCGGCUGGAUAAAAAAGCUGAACAGAUGGGCCAUCCAGGAGCAGCUUAUGAAGUAUCAAAACAACAAGGUCAAGUUCUUUCAAUAGGACCCAGACAGGAAAUGCGGCCAGUAGAACAAGUGGCAUAAAACAUCAGAUCCUACCAGCUCCAUGCUCAGGGUUGCCAAGGAGAUGCACAUGGAACUGACCUCAGGCUUGAAGGGAUGAAGUUGCUACAUCA